AUGUAUAUAACAAGAGUAGGGAAACCAUCUGUGAGGAAACUGCAAAGUGGUAACACAGAAUGUAUGCUUUGUAUGAGCAGUUAUGAAAAUGAUUUGCAAUAUGGAGAAAUGAAAACUUUAAAUGAUGUAACUGUUCAUUACUAUUGUUUGAAAUGUGUAUAUUGUGAAUUAAUGGGUGCAACUAUAUAUUGUAUUAUCAAGAAAUGUCAAAAUGUUUUUCAUCUUAUUUGUGGUUUGCAACAAGGUACACUCCAUCAAUAUUUUGGUCAAUUUAAUUGUUUCAUUUUACAGAAAUGUGUAUAUUGUGAAUUAAUGGGUGCAACUAUAUAUUGUAUUAUCAAGAAAUGUCAAAAUGUUUUUCAUCUUAUUUGUGGUUUGCAACAAGGUACACUCCAUCAAUAUUUUGGUCAAUUUAAAUCAUAUUGUCAUGUCCAUCGACCAAAGCAAAAAGUGCCACCUGAAUAUAUUACAGAAGAUGUAAAAUGCUUGAUAUGUUUAAACAAUGUUCAUGGUUUUGUAUCUAAUGAUUCUUUAUGGCCUCCUUGCUGCAAGAAUAUAUGGUUUCAUCGCAUUUGUGUACAAAAAUUAGCUUUGAGCACUGGAUAUUUUUUUAAAUGCCCUCUCUGCAACAAUGUUGAUUUAUUUGUGGAAGCAAUGAAAAAACAAGGAAUUUACAUUCCUUCAAGGGAUGCUUCAUGGGAACUGGAGGAAAAUGCUUAUAGUGAUUUAUUAUUUUCAUAUUCUCGUUGUGAUGCAGUUACAUGCUAUUGUCCUAAAGGUCGAACAUACUCAAGUAAUGAGAGUGAAAAUGGUUCAGAACUGCAACCUGGCCCUAGCAGUGCAAAAGAUGAUACAGAAAAAGAGAAAAGUGACACUUCAUCGGACAAGGAACUUAGUCAAUAUACUAGAAAGGCUAAAUUGGGAAUUUCUGAACAGGCAACAAACAAGUACAGAAAGCAGAAAUUCACAAAAAAGUGGAUGAAAGAUGCACAAUUUUCUAAAUGGCUAGCAGAAUCAGAAGAUGGUAAAUAUAAAUUUUGUAAUGUAAUUCUAAAUUCAAAAAAAUUUGAUUUAGUGAAACAUUGUAAAAGUAAUAAGCACCAACAAAAUGCAUCAAGGUGUUGGAGGAAAAGAUGGUAUUAUGGAACCCUGCAGAAAUUAGCUUUGAGCACUGGAUAUUUUUUUAAAUGCCCUCUCUGCAACAAUGUUGAUUUAUUUGUGGAAGCAAUGAAAAAACAAGGAAUUUACAUUCCUUCAAGGGAUGCUUCAUGGGAACUGGAGGAAAAUGCUUAUAGUGAUUUAUUAUUUUCAUAUUCUCGUUGUGAUGCAGUUACAUGCUAUUGUCCUAAAGGUCGAACAUACUCAAGUAAUGAGAGUGAAAAUGGUUCAGAACUGCAACCUGGCCCUAGCAGUGCAAAAGAUGAUACAGAAAAAGAGAAAAGUGACACUUCAUCGGACAAGGAACUUAGUCAAUAUACUAGAAAGGCUAAAUUGGGAAUUUCUGAACAGGCAACAAACAAGUACAGAAAGCAGAAAUUCACAAAAAAGUGGAUGAAAGAUGCACAAUUUUCUAAAUGGCUAGCAGAAUCAGAAGAUGGUAAAUAUAAAUUUUGUAAUGUAAUUCUAAAUUCAAAAAAAUUUGAUUUAGUGAAACAUUGUAAAAGUAAUAAGCACCAACAAAAUGCAUCAAGGUUAUGGAAAUUGCUGUUGUGUGAAACUUGUGGAUCUCAAGGUUGUCACAGAAAAUGUUCCAACUUAGAAUUAAUUAAUCAUUGGGAAUGUCCAAAUUGUAGAGAGAUUACUCAAAACAUGCUUCCAGAAGUUAAAAAGAAAAAGAAAAAACAAUUCCAUAAAAAGUGUAAAAAUAUUCAAGUCAGUGGUAAUUCUAAUGAAUGUUUAGCUUCUUCUGUAAUUUCUUCCUUUUCAACAGUAUCAUUAUCAUCAUCGUCAUCAUCAUCAUCAUCAUCAACACAUAAUAAUAAUCAUAGUGAAAAUUCUAGUACUGAUGAUAAUUUACUAAAGACAGAUAUUGUAGAAGAUUGUAUUAAAGUUAAAGAAAAAACUAAAAAUAAUAAUUUAUCUUUACCCAAAAUAACUCUUUUCCUUAAAGACUUUUUACUUUCUCAUCUGAUUUCUCACAGUUUAAUUAGUGUGGAGUGUUCUGAUGAUGAUAAUUUUGAUUUUCUCAAAAUAUUCGAAUCAGAAAUAAAGCAAUUACAAAUAAAUGUAGAUGAUUUUGAAAAACAAAGUACGUGUUGUGAGAAACAAAAUGGAUUUGAAAAUACAGUUUCCCGUCAUCAAAUACUGCAUAGUUUACUUACUGAAAGUAAUAAUGUACAAAAUAAAUCGAAUACAACGUUUAAUACAUAUACUUGUCAUCCACAAAAUAUUUUGCAAGAAAUGUGUGCAUCAAUCAUAACUAAUAGAGAUGAUUCAAGUAGUUCUGAUAACCAAGUAAAUUCUGGAUGUACAGAUACAAAUAAAAUUUCUAAAGAAGAAAAUAGUAAAGGAUAUGAAAAAAUACCAGGCUGUAAUUCAUAUAAUCCAAUUUCGCUAAAAAGAGAAUAUUCUGAUUUAGAUAAUGUAUCAAGUGACUGUUUGGAAGAUAUAGAAAUUAUUGAGGAAAUUAAAAAGCCUAAACUAAUUGAAGUAAUUGAUAUGUUAGAUGAUGAUUCAGAUACAAAUAGAAACAAAUUUGAUGGAAAUGAAAUUAUUGAAAUCAUUGACAACAAUAUUUAUGACAGAAAAGAAGUUUUUAAUAUUGAUGAGAAUGUGAUUGAAAUAAUAGAUUUAAAUGAUUGAACAUUAUGUUUUUUAAGAUAAAAUAAAUUAUUUUUAUUGUACAGUAAAUAAUAUAUUUAAUGACUGUAUAAUUCAGAAUGUAUUCAAUAUAAAAGAUCAAAGAUACAAUAGAUGCAGUAUUGUUUUUAUAAUUUUUUUAGAAAUUUUUUACUAAAAUGUAUCAGUUAAAAUAAAUCAGAUCACAGUAAAAUUAUCAAUAGUUACCUUUUAUAUUUUAAUGCAAUUAUAAUAACUGAGAUUACUAUAUAUGUUCAUUUAUGACAAAUAUAUUAAUUCAUUUUGGAUAAAUUGAUAAAUUUUAUGAAUAUAAAAACAAAUUUUAUAUCAUUUUAUUGAAUAUGUAUGAUUGUACUAUGAAAUUGUAAAUAUGAUAAAUUAUCAACAUGAUCAUUGUCACCAUCUGUAAAGAAAAAGGAGCAUAUGUACAGUGUGCAGUCUUCAGCUUUCCAUAUGUGGGAUCAAAUUCCCCUCUUUCAACUUCUGAAUCUGGUUAAGUUGAUGAAAGACAGAAUGUUUUCCUUGACUUUAAACAAAGGAAAGGAAACUAUUAACAAACAUUUUCUCAUUUUUGGAUGGCUUUGUGAAAAGUUGAUAUUUUUUUACAGUUGUUUUUGAAUAAAGGUUCAGUUCUGCAAAACAUUUUUCAGUGUAUUUACAAAUUUGAUAUUUGUAUGUGCGUUGAUUUUGAUGAUUAUUUGUGUAAAAACUGGUUUCCACACUUUUUCAAACAGAAAUAAUGACCUUUUUGUAGUGUUGAUAAUGUUUUUUACCACACUGUAUUAUAGAAUUGGUUACUUGUUUUAAUAAAGCUAUGUUUUUUUAUGAUGAAACAAUAAUUAAAGAAGUCAUGACAAUAAUCACACUUAUUACUGUUUUAUUGGUAAUUCAAAUUACACAUCCUAAAAUAUCUUCUUAGUAUUGCUAUGUAAUUGCUGUAAACUGUUUUCCUUUUAUACAAAAAUGGCUCUGUUUUAUUAGUAGUAUAAUGAUAUUUAAACAAACAUAUAGAUCCAUAAGUACUGUAUUUAUAAAAAAAAAUUUUUUUUAAUUAGAUGUAUAAAAGAUAUUUCAGAAAAAAAUUUGUGACAUGAAAGGAAUGAAAUAUAGUAGAGCAUUGAUUAACCAAAUAUCAAUCAACCGAAACAUUGGUUAACUGAAAGUGUUCCAGUCAGCAAAUUUAAAUUUUUGCUAGUGCUGUGACGCUGCAAUAUUUGGCUGUCUUGGGCUACUCCAAUAUUACUUUUGUUGGUGUGCAUGUUUUAGCUGACAGUACUGGCACAACCAUGAGAGGGUACUUAAGGACGUGCCAGGAUUUGAACGAAUUUCAACAUGGGAUAGGUUAAUAUAUUUUUUCAUGCAUAAUCAGUUAUCAGAACAACCCCAGUCUUGAAUUGUUUCAGAUAAUCGAAGCUCAACUGUAUUAAUAUAGAAAAAACUUGGUAUGUUAUGUUUCUGACAUCACUGUAUAGAUAUUGUCUAUUGACCAGAAAAAUAUUUACCAACUGGAAACACUUUAAAGUGAAAAUUCUGCAUCUACACAACCGAACUUGCUCAAGUGCAACAUUUGUAUGCAAAAAAUUAAUUACAUUGUACCUAUAAAGAUGAAUCAAAAAUUAAACUUUUCUAUUCAUAUUAUAAUAAAAUAUUUUAAGAUAAAGAUUAAAUCUUAAUACAUAUGUAUAUAUGUACUGUACUGUACAUACUGUAUACAGAACAUUUUGUAUAUACUGUAUACAAGUACAAUACAAUACUUGAACAUCUAUCCAGGGGCAACAGAGAUCUUUCCAGCAUUGCAUUAAUGUAUCUAUGUGAUACAAUAAUAUAAUAGUUUAGCCAAAUUAAUUAGCAAUUCUUGAAGAGUCAAUAUCUUCAACAAUCUUCUGCUGUGAUGUCAUUACAAAGAGACAUGGCCUAUAUGUACCAUAGGUAGCUGUGGUCUAGAUCCUAAGUUAAAGAACACAGUUCAUAAAUUCUAGAACAGACUCUUAAAUUUUUUCUUUCCAAAUUUAUAUCUAAUAAAACAUGUGGGAAUAUACAUAUGAAGUGUGCAAUGUUGUAAAUGCCAAAAAACAAAAUUUUCAGAGGAGGCAAAAAAACACUUUUUCUAGUAAAUAAAUUAAUUUCAAUAUUACAAGAAAAUGGUAAAAACUCACUAGGUUACAAAUUCUCUGGAAUAUCAAAAUGAUGUAAACAUAAGCUGUAACAUUUUAAGCACCAAAAUUCACUUUGGCACUUUAAACAUUAUGGCUUCACAUAAAUUCAACUUUAAAAUACAGCCACUUGGGGUGGAUGUACAUAUGUGGCGUGGCAACAAAAAGCAAUGUUGCAAAUGCAUCUUUGCCCAACCACACAAGUGACAACCUGCUUAGAUUUUGGCACUUGCAUACAGUUUUCAAGAUGGCAAGCAAUACCAACACUGCCAUUAUCCACAUGUUUACAAAUUUUGUUUUGUAUGACUUGCUUUAUUUAGCUAGAAGAUUUUGGAUUAGAGAUAUUUUCUUGGAUGGAGAAAGAACUGAUGUACAAAAUAUGCUUAUUCCUUGAUUAAGAUCUCUCAAUAAAGAAUACUAUUUCAUUCCAGCUUAGGCGAGAGUAACUUAUGCAUUAACUUCUCUACCUGAAUGGUUGGUGCCCUGGCCUUAUCAAUGAUUGGUCUUAGCUGUUGUCCAGGUUUGUGGACUUUUGCAAAGGCGAAUAUAUUAUGCUCUGACACACCCAAUAGACCUAAGCUAGCCAAACGCCUGGAAUUAAGGAAUAUCACAUUAGACUCCCCAGAUACGCCAGAAUAUUUGCAAAAGUCCACAAACCUGGACAACAGCUAAGACCAAUCAUUGAUAAGGCCAGGGCACCAACCAUUCAGCUAAAGUUAAUGCAUAAGUUACUCUUGCCUAAGCUGGAAGGAUAUACUUAUGCUCUGACACAC